AUGGCAAUUGUCCCGAACUUUUUCUUCGAUCUUGUUGGAAUGCUGGAUGAUCAGACAAGUCCAACGCUCGACUGUUGCGAUAGUCCUUGUUGUCAGCCUGUUUUACCCCCGGGCAAUUUUCUUCGUCUUGUGACGGCACCUUUGAGUCGCGCGGGCUGGUGGAUUGUCCUCGAAAGGCAGGGGAUGGUGUUGGCUACGAGAAUGUAUCCUAACUGA